AUGAGGGAACUGAGUGUGACCCUCAAUGAUUACCCCAGGGGAAUCAAACAAAGCCUGGGUCACGCAAUGUCUGAUAUGAUGACGCAAUGCACAUUUGAUUCAGAUGCCUGUGACUCCACCAACUUUAAGCUGGACACCUUCAUCAACAACGGAAACUGUUACACGUUUGGCGACAAGACAGCGAAACCAUCAGUUUCAUGGCAUGUUAAAAAAGCAGGACCAGCAAAUGGCCUGAUCCUAGAACUGGACAUCGAGCAGGACGAGUACCUGCCAAUAACAGAAAAAGCAGGGAUAAAGGUCUUGUUACAUUCUGGCUCUGAGAUCGUCUUCCCUGAUAACACUGGCAUCCUGGCAGCGCCGGGAUAUGUUACUAGUAUUGGAGUUAAAAAGUCAGAAAUCUACAUGCUACCACAGCCUUACGGCAACUGUAUCAGCGCAGACAACGCCACCAACGAAAUCAAAAACCUGUACCAACAGCUCGGCUACACCUACACAAAAGACGCCUGUCUAAGAACUUGUCUGCAGAAACGUAUCUUCGAAUCCUGUCGAUGUAUAGACCUAGACCUUGCCAACAUGGUUCGUGUACUCAACUACAACGACUGGUUAGAUUUGGACAACACGAAAUCUCUUCAAAUAUGCGACAAGACGAUGGCUGACUGCAUGGAUACAGUACAAGAAAAGUUUGAGAAACAUGAGCUAGGGUGCGAGGAAAUGUGUCUGCCGGCAUGUACUCAAAAGUUGUAUCAGACAACCGUGUCGACUGCCGUGUGGCCGGCAGACCGGCAUUUGGACCGGUACGUCAAAUUCGUCAACAAAACUUUCGCGAAGAAAAAUACUGUCUACAACUGGACAAGUCAUCCCCACGAACAUAUACGUAAAAAUUUCUUAAGACUUGAGAUUUACUACGAAACACUUCGAUACGAGGUGAUAUCUACAUCACCGACGUACGAUUGGAAUAAUCUCCUAGGCAACAUAGGCGGCCAACUGGGAUUAUGGCUAGGGUUCUCUGUUCUUACUGCCAUAGAAGUCUGCCAGUUCACAAUGCAAGUUCUGAUCCAUCUCUUCAAAACUCAUUAUAAAAGCUUUAGGAAAUCUAAAAAAAGAGACCCAUGUAACAACACAAUUGAUAUACCAUUACCUUCUGGAUCAACACUUGUUUAAAAACGUCUAU